GAAUGAAUCAUCUACCCACAUGCUUCUCCACCCAAGUGUUACCUAAAAAGAACAAAAAGGUUAAGCGUAGAUAACAGGCGAGCGAGCGAGCAGCAUAUAUAGUCCGCCUUGUUAGCAGCACGCUAUAGAAGAGGCAGCAAACGGGAAGAGGAGAUGCCGGAAUAUUGUGUAACAGGUGGAACAGGGUUCAUAGCGGCCUAUUUGGUCAAAUCCUUGCUUGAGAAAGGCCAUCGUGUACGGACCACGGUACGAGACCCAGGCGAUGUUGGAAAGGUUGGUUUACUUCGGGAGUUUGAUGGAGCCAAGGAGAGACUGAAGAUUUUCAAAGCUGAUUUGUUGGAAGAAGGCAGCUUUGAUGAGGCUAUACAAGGUGUUGAUGGGGUGUUUCAUACCGCAUCACCGGUGCUUCUUCCUCACGACGAUAAUAUCCAGGCAAUGUUGAUAGAUCCAUGUAUCAAUGGCACCUUGAAUGUGCUGAACUCCUGUUCGAAGGCUAAUACCGUGAAACGAGUUGUCCUCACCUCUUCCUGCUCUUCAAUAAGAUACCGUGACGACGUCCAACAAGUUUCUCCUCUCAACGAAUCGCAUUGGAGCGAUCCCGAAUAUUGCAAACGCUACGAUCUUUGGUAUGCAUAUGCAAAAACUAUAGGGGAGAAAGAGGCUUGGAGAUCAGCGAAGGAAAAUGGCAUUGAUCUUGUGGUGGUUAAUCCCUCCUUUGUAGUUGGUCCGCUGCUUGCACCACAACCAACCAGCACGUUGCUCUUGAUACUGGCCAUUGUUAAAGGUCUGCGAGGAGAAUAUCCAAACAUGACAAUCGGAUUUGUGCACAUAGAUGAUGUGGUUGCUGCUCACAUUUUAGCAAUGGAGGAUAAGAAAGCAUCAGGCAGGCUCGUAUGUUCAGGCUCAGUAGCUCACUGGUCAGAGAUCAUUGAGAUGCUCAGGGCCAAAUAUCCAUCCUAUCCAUAUGAAAACAAGUGUAGCAGCCAGAAAGGAGACUGCAAUCCGCAUAGCAUGGACACCACCAAGAUUGCCACGUUGGGGUUCCCUCCUUUCAAAACACUGGAAGAAAUGUUUGAUGACUGCAUCAAGAGUUUCCAGGAGAAGGGAUUCCUGUAAAACCAAUAAUCCGUGCUACAAAUAAUUACUUCCUCAGAUUGGAUAAAUAAUGUACUGUAACUGGGGAUGGGAAGACGUUUCUUCGUUUUCUGAGUGGCAUUUUGCACUCCCUUGAAUGGUUGGAUUAAGAGGAGAAAUCGUCAGCGUUGAAUCUUGAAACACAAGAAGCAUGUAGUUUGGACCUUAGUUCUUAAAACAAUUAAGAAUGCUCUGUUAUUAGAGUUUAGUUUGCAUUAAA